AUGAGCUCAGAUCCGGCACACCCGCUCAACUGCUCCCCUCGCUGCAGAUGGGGAAUCACAUGUGUUUGCGCGCUGCUCACAUUAUCUGUUUCUGCGACCGCAUUGUCGUACACGCUCGGCAUCCCGUCGAUGGAGCGUGACCUCGGAUUUUCCAAUCAUUUUUUGUCGCUACUCGGGCUCGCGAUAUUCGUCUUUGGAUGCGGGCUAUCUCCGCUUUACACGGCACCCUUGAGGCGAAUCGUGGGGGAGAAAUCCAUCAUUGUGGUGUGUUGCGUGGGAAUUGCGAAGGCCAAGAAUAUUGCGACAGUGAUAGCGCUUCGCCUGCUGCUAGGAAUGGCUGGCGCGUCCGGCAGUACGCUCACCGGAGGAUCUAUCACCGACAUUUGGACUGCCGCUGAGCGAGGGAAACCCAUGGCCCUCUUCGCGACAUCGGCUCUCUUUGGAACAGGAAUCAGUCAUGUCUUCGCCGGGUGGAUUGAACAAAACCCUUCGCUGGGGCGGCGGUGGAUUCAUUGGACACAGGCCAUCUACUCUGGCGUGCUCCUCGUCCUUCUGGCACUGCUGCCCGAAACAAGAGUCUCUGUCCUGCUCACAAGACGAGCAAACCCCAUUCCCAAAAAGACUGGUAAUGACUGCUACCGAGCUCGAGGCGAGCGGGAGAAAGGAUUCCUUCGUGUCAUGCUCAAGGUGUCACUGGUGCGUCCUUUCAUCUUCCUAGCAACUGAGCCAAUCGUUAUCGCCUUUUCGACGUGGGUCGGUUUCUGCUGGGGACUGCUCUAUUCGCUCCUCUCCAGCAUACAGCUCGUUACUGCGCUUCAUGGAUUCACACCGGAUCAGACCGGCCUUUUCUUCUUGUUCAUCUGCCUAGGGGCGCUGGUCGGACAGAUGACUAAUCCUCUGCAAGAGAAACUAUACCUGCGGUUGUAUCGCGCCCGUGUCGGGGCACUUCUUGUCCCAAUUGGGUGCUUCGUCUAUGGAUGGACCUCUUUCUCCUCGGCAAGCAUUGCAGGUCCGUUCGUCGGCAUCGUCAUGACCACUACUGGUAUCUACCACAUCUACCUCGGCGUACUCAACUACCUCUCCGACUCGUAUCUCAUCUACGCAUCCUCGGCCCUUGCAGCGCAGUCUCUUCUGCACAAUCUACUCGGCAGCAUCUGCCCUUUGAGGCUGACGUAUCCCUGGGCGUCCUCCCUCGCCGGCUUUAUUGGCUUUCUCUUUUCUCUCAUCCCAUUUGUCCUUAUCUUAAACGGUCCACGUAUUCGUGCUAGGUCGCGCUAA